GUUGUCAAAGUGCACGAAUCAGCCUCUUUUUCAAGGAAAUUAUUAUUUAUUAUUAAUUUAUAAAAACUGUGCUCAUCUUAAAUAGUUUCUCUGCGAACUUCACAGCUAGACCAUUAAAUAAAUUCUGUUCGCCUCCUCAUUCAGUUUCAUUUCACUAGAUCCAACAUUAUCAAUUGAAGUUAAUUACACGGUUAAAGCACCCAAAUAUGUCAACCGUUAACAAAUGCGCGAGUACAGUUUACUCGAAAAUUGGUGAAGAGCUGUAUUUGAAAAGUGAAUUGGCCGAUGUUCAUUUUGUUUUUAAGGUGGCCGAUGGCGUAUUUGAACGUAUCCCAGCACACAAACUGCUAUUGAAAAGCGUCAGUGAUGUAUUCCACACAAUGUUCAAUGAAACAUGGAGAGAAAAAGUCGAAGUUGAAAUUGUCGAUACAUCAGUCGUCGAAUUCAAAGAAUUUCUGCAAUUCUUCUACUUUGAACAAGUGACCGUGACCACAGAAAACAUUUCCAAAGUCAUGUAUCUUGGUGAUAAAUACAAUGUUGCCGGUUGUAUGAGCGUAUGCGAACAAUUUUUGAUCAGUUCUCUGGAUGAUGGUAAUCUUUUCCAGAAUUAUGAGCUCGGCAUUUUUUUCAAUCAACCAAAAUUGAAGAAAUAUUGCGAAAGUGUAAUCGCUGUCGAUACAAAGAAAGUGUUGGCAUCGGGAAAUUUCAUGGUGUGUGAUCGAAAGGUGCUGAGUCACAUUUUGAACAUAGACACUUUGUCAUGUACCGAAGCCGAAUUGUUUGAGGCGUGCAUGGAAUGGACCAAAACAGCAGCAAAUGUGGACAAUUUGACACGGCAAGAUGUUAAUCGACAACUUGGCAAUUUGCUUUACCAAAUUCGCUUCAAAUCGAUGACAUUGCAGCAGUUUGGAACCCUUAUUCCAUCGUAUGGUAGUUUAUUCUCAGCUGAUGAAUACAAAGAUAUUUCUCAGUCGACUGUGAUGCCAGAUUUCGAGUCAAAUAUUUUCAGCAACAACAAAAGAACUCCGUUUGAAAAUCGUCAGUGGAAUGAAGAGGAAAAGAUUGAAUGCAAUCGUUUAUUGUCAUUAGGAUUUUCAACUAAUCCAUAUUAUAUCAAAAAUAUUGAAAAGACCACAUUUUCUGUCAAUAAACCGAUGAUAUUGAAGAAAAUUCGAUGCUGCCGAAUAAGCGAAUAUAAGUCGAAUGUAUACUUUCUUAUGAAGGAACUGCCAACUGAAAUAAAAAUCGUUCAAAUUAAUGAAUCGGUUCCAUCAAAUGAAAAAUGCGUUCUGUAUGAUGGAAACACUCUUCUUAAUUCUUGGGAGAGUACAUGCAUUAAUUUGCAGAAACUAAUUGUAGUGAAACCUGGAUUUAUGUAUGAAGUACAAUUGAAACAAACGCCACCGCCAAACUGCUGCACAGGAAGCUUACUAAAGUCAGAAAUUGAUAUGGACCCGAUCAUCAAUGUACAGUUUCAUCAGGACCCCAUCGAUCCGGUCGACAAAGUUCCAAGAGGAACUAUUCUGGCGCUUCAAUUCUAUCGAAUUUAAGAGUGACUUUUCAUAUGGAAACAUCGAUCGAGAUAUGAAUGUGGGGCUUCUCAUGAGAUUUUAUUGAAAUCAUUUUGAAAUCUAACACCAACAUAUAACUUCAUUUUCAUUUAAUUCUCGGUAGAAGCCUCACAUUCAUUUUCGGACAAUCAUAAUAUUCAUCAAUGAUUCACAACGCACACAAAAAUAAAUAAUUUUCUACCUCAAAAUCAUUUCACUGUAACCCCAUUUCCUAUUCCAAUAUUUAUGAAGAAAAUAAAUCAGAAAAAUAUUCCAAAACAAA